AGAACGGUAUGCUUGAAGCUCGGAUCUCUACUUGGGAUGUUUGUGAGGUACUGGGGCUCUUCUGUGGAUCUUUAUUGAGAAGGGUGUUUGAUUGGUAAGCAGAUGUGGUUCAGAUCUCGCUGAAUCGGAGUUCUGCAUUGGUUGAUUAUUUUAAAAAAUCACAAGUGGAUUGCAGAACUACCAUAUGUGCGGAUAUUUUUGACAACCUAAAAGGGCCCAAUAUCAGUAUGCAUGCUCCAGGCACCUAAAGUAAUGGGUCCCUGCAACAAAAUCAAAAGGAUACGAAGCCAAAGAAGGGUGGCGUAAUGGAACUGUCACUAGCCCUGGGUGAUGUGAGUGUGUGUUUGUGUGUCUGGCCUGCGCUGGACUGGCAUCCUGUCCAGGGUGCACCCUGCCUUGUGGCCACUGCUUGCUGGGAUAGGCUCUUGCGACCCUGACCUGAAAGAAGAGGUUAGUAAAUGGAUGAUGGAAAGGUCUCUACCAAUCAGCUGGAUCAGAGAUGUGAGCGUUUUCGAAGAAGAUGAAUUUAUCUGCUGAGAUGUAUGAGGAACUUCAAUCCACUCAUUCUGGCUCCCCCUCUCCACCGCCACCGGAAUACAUCUUCAAACCUCCUCCCCGGCCGGACUUUGGUACAAUGGGGAGGAUCAUCAAACUCCAGGCGAAUUUCUUUGAGAUGGAGAUCCCAAAACUCGAGGUGUAUCAUUAUGACAUUGAUAUCAAGCCAGAAAAAUGUCCAAGAAGAGUCAACAGCAACGCUGCCUUAUUUGCCCUAGAUCUGUCUGCAAGUGCGGAAGGGGGUGCAGGAGAGCACAGUUGCCAGUUCAACAGCUCUUAUCUCCCUAUGAUGCUUAACAGAGAAAUAGUAGAGCACAUGGUCCAGCACUUUAAAACGCAAAUCUUUGGUGAUCGAAAACCAGUAUAUGAUGGAAGGAAAAAUCUCUACACAGCUAUGCCUCUUCCAGUUGGGAGAGAGAAAACGGAACUUGAAGUUACCAUUCCAGGGGAGGGAAAGGACAGAAGUUUCAAGGUGGCAAUAAAAUGGGUUUCUUGUGUCAGUCUUCAGGCUCUGCAUGAUGCACUGUCUGGGCGACUGCCAAAUAUUCCCUUUGAAACCAUCCAGGCACUGGAUGUAGUCAUGAGACACUUGCCCUCUAUGAGGUACACCCCCGUAGGCCGCUCUUUCUUCACUCCCUCGGAGGGCUGUUCAAACCCCCUGGGUGGAGGCCGGGAGGUGUGGUUUGGGUUCCACCAGUCUGUUAGACCUUCUCUCUGGAAAAUGAUGCUUAAUAUCGAUGUGUCCGCCACUGCGUUUUACAAAGCCCAGCCAGUGAUUGAGUUCAUGUGUGAGGUUUUGGAUUUCAAAAGCAUUGAAGAGCAGCAGAAACCGUUAACGGACUCCCAGAGAGUAAAAUUUACAAAGGAAAUAAAGGGUCUGAAGGUGGAAAUAACACACUGUGGACAGAUGAAAAGAAAAUACAGAGUAUGCAAUGUAACCAGGAGGCCAGCCAGUCACCAAACGUUUCCUCUUCAACAGGAAAAUGGACAGACAGUUGAAUGCACUGUAGCACAAUAUUUUAAAGACAAGUACAAGCUUGUCCUCCGUUACCCUCAUCUUCCAUGUUUACAGGUUGGCCAGGAGCAGAAACACACCUAUCUUCCUCUAGAGGUUUGCAAUAUAGUGGCAGGUCAGAGGUGUAUAAAGAAGCUGACAGACAAUCAGACCUCCACAAUGAUCCGUGCCACAGCCAGAUCAGCGCCUGACAGGCAGGAUGAGAUCAGCAAACUGAUGAGAAGUGCCAGCUUUAACAGUGAUCCUUAUGUACGCGAAUUUGGCGUAGUGGUGAGAGACGACAUGACAGAAGUAAAUGGUCGUGUUCUUCAGGCACCUUCUAUACUCUAUGGAGGCCGGAAUAAGGCAAUAGCCACUCCAAUCCAGGGCGUGUGGGAUAUGAGGAACAAGCAGUUUCACACUGGAAUUGAAAUUAAAGUUUGGGCGAUUGCCUGCUUUGCUCCCCAGCGACAGUGCACUGAGCUUUUACUCAAAGCUUUCACAGAUCAGCUUCGCAAGAUUUCACGGGAUGCCGGCAUGCCGAUUCAGGGGCAGCCUUGUUUCUGUAAAUAUGCCCAAGGAGCUGACAGCGUGGAGCCAAUGUUUAAGCAUCUGAAGUACACCUACCAGGGACUUCAGCUGGUGGUGGUGAUUCUCCCAGGGAAGACUCCCGUGUAUGCUGAAGUGAAACGCGUUGGAGACACAGUCCUGGGGAUGGCCACUCAGUGUGUUCAGGUGAAGAAUGUGCAGAAAACUACCCCCCAGACUCUUUCAAACCUCUGCUUGAAGAUCAAUGUCAAACUGGGCGGCGUUAACAACAUCCUUUUGCCACAGGGCAGGCCCUUGGUGUUUCAGCAACCUGUCAUAUUUCUGGGAGCAGAUGUGACUCACCCACCAGCAGGAGAUGGGAAGAAGCCCUCGAUAGCUGCUGUUGUGGGUAGCAUGGAUGCCCACCCCAGCCGAUACUGUGCCACUGUGCGGGUCCAGCAGCACCGUCAGGAGAUCAUUCAAGACCUGUCUGCCAUGGUGAGGGAGCUGCUGAUCCAGUUCUACAAGUCGACUCGCUUCAAGCCCACGCGGAUCAUCUUCUAUCGUGAUGGCAUCUCUGAAGGGCAGUUCAAUCAGGUGCUUCAUUACGAGUUACUUGCUAUCCGUGAAGCUUGCAUCAAACUGGAGAAAGACUACCAGCCAGGGAUUACAUUUGUUGUGGUGCAAAAACGCCAUCACACAAGACUCUUUUGUAUGGACCGAAAUGAAAGGGUUGGAAAGAGUGGAAAUAUUCCUGCGGGCACAACCGUAGACACAAAAAUAACCCACCCGUCAGAAUUUGAUUUCUAUCUGUGCAGUCAUGCUGGCAUCCAAGGAACCAGCAGACCAUCACAUUACCAUGUGUUGUGGGACGACAACCAUUUUUCUUCAGAUGAGCUGCAGGUGCUCACCUAUCAGCUGUGCCACACCUACGUGCGCUGCACGCGCUCCGUCUCCAUCCCAGCACCUGCCUACUAUGCUCACCUGGUAGCGUUCCGAGCACGCUAUCAUCUGGUGGACAAGGAACACGACAGUGCUGAAGGGAGCCAUACCUCAGGGCAGAGCAACGGACGGGACCAGCAGGCAUUGGCCAAGGCAGUCCAAAUCCACCAGGAUACACUCCGCACCAUGUAUUUUGCUUGACCAGGGUGUGGGUGGGAGGGGGGAACUGGGCAAGGCUUGAAGCAUAAUGUUGCAGAAGAGAGCUGGGUUCCAGUCUGACUGAACUGCACUUCUCACCCCUCAUUACUUAAAACAGAUCAAGAAAGCGAUUGGAAAAGCACUGACAAGACAGGUACUUCAUGACAUGUACUUUGAUAUUUCUGUAAUGUACUUGGACAAUACAACAUUUUUUUUUUUUAGUGGUAGACCAGUUCUACUCUGACUGAUCUCGACUGGCAGACUAAACAUGUCAGGAUCUUUUUUUUUCUAAUAUUGAUGGGACUGGGUCCCGCCAGAAAUGGACUUCAGUGACGCAUUGUUCAUAUAGGUCCAUGUUUUUGUUACAAAUACCUAAGCAACAGGUAUGCCACUUAAGUGUUUUAAGCCAUGAUCUUUCUAUGCAUUGCAUAGGACACUGAUAAAAAUGAUGGGGUCUCAUUACUUUAUGUAUUAGCCAAGCAAAUACUGUUUCUUUUUUCGCUACUUAUAGACUCUAUGGUGCACUGUAGUUUUAAACACAAAAUCCUUCUUCUGAAAGUUUUAAAAAUUGCUCUUGUAUGCCACAUUUUGUAUGAAGCAACUUAGAAUAUAUCAGAAGUUCAAAUUACAUAAAACCUCAAAAACAUUUUAAGUGAGCUUGGGAGCAGGCAGGACUUUUCAACAAACAUUGCACAAAAGGUGCAAAUUUAAUUUGACUGCUAUACUGUUGAAUUUUAUCGUGUCUAAGGAUAUGUACAGAGCCGACCAAGAAAGAUUUUAGAUGCUUUGACACUUAAUAAAAGUCCUGAGUCUUGAUUCCUUCCUGCCUUCAUCUCAGUUUGGCACUUAGAUUUAAGACCAAGACUAGAGAAAGGAAAUUUGGAUCGUUUGGUUUUGUAGUGUAGUAUGCUUUCCUAUCUAUGACUUUUUGAGUUUAAUCUUUUGAGAGAGAUUUAAUAACAGGUCUCUUUUGAAAGCAUCCAGGAAAAAAUGAGCAAUGAAAUAAUCAUUAGUACUUUCUUUCUCCUUAGUAUAAGGAUAAUAUUUUUUUUUGUAAUUUGGCGUUCCACCCAAACUUUAGUCUACAGCUGUAUAUUUCCAUUAGAAUGUGAUAUUCCUGUUUUAAUGUGAAAACAUAAUUGUUAAAUCAUUUAUAGUAACUACAAUUUGGCCUCCAUUAUUGAUCUAAAUUUUCAAUCUCUUCGUCUUUAGAUAUUCACUAUUUAUACAGCUACCUUGUGAUUUUGUUUCUUUCAGUAGUUAGUUUCAUUAUAUUGUGAUGACUUCAUUGUCUUUAAUGGUACUUAUGUGUCCACACACCUUAAUUGUAGUGCAAAAAAGGCAUGCAAUUUAAGAGGACAUGAAUUUUAUUCCCAGUAAGUAUAGAUUGAAUUUGUUUUACUUAUUUACUGAUAUUCACCAGCACCUUACGUUGUCUGACAUGCACAGAAUAAGCAAUUCCUUGAAUUAUGAACAAAACUAGAACAAUGUUUUGCACUUUAACUGAAAAAAUAUAGAUGUUGUAGUUUGAGAGUUCAGGACCAGUGCAAAUCAUGAAACAGUAAGUAUAAAUAUCAAGUGUUUUGGACAUGGACUUAGAAUAGCAGAUAGUCAUUAUGUAUUUUAUAAUUAUUUGGCAGUUUUUCAGGAGAAAACGAGAGAAAGGGCAAGUUGACCAUUUGUUGAGUAAUAAGUUCAGCGCCUGAAAUACUCAUUAUAAAAACAAAGCCCAACUGCACUUUUUAAUCUCUUAUAGUACUUGUUUUAUGGUUCAGUACAAUGGCUGGUUUGAAGAUCUCAAUGCAAUCUAUUACACCGCCAUGAAGUUUUGAUGGGUGAAGGUUCAGUGUAAGACAUUGUCAGAGCUGCCCAGCUCCCUUCAGUUCAAUUAGAUUGCCAAUAGCAUAGAAGACAAAAGUUUACUUGUACUCAAGAACUGAAAAAAAAUGUUGUUUACCUGAAGGUACCUCUGUUAAACCAGCUAUCAGCUUACAACACAGUCAGAAGGGGAGGUGGUACCUUCUGUCAGUCCUUUGAAAUCCCCACCUUGUUUUAUGGUUUUAAGGUUCAAUUAAUGUGAGAGGUGGCAAGGAGAUUUAAUUUGUUGAAAAUGUAACUGGUAGAUCUUUAGAUAUUUGAUUUGGUGAAAAAUAUUCAUCUGCACACCUUGAUAAUUGAAUACUAUUUUUUUAUUCAGAAAUUAAGAGCUUCAAGGAUACCUAUACUAUCCUUUUGUACUCGAAAAGCUAUUUCAGCAGACUACCUGAAUGUUCAUAACUUGACUAGAGCCAGUGCUUUCAGUAUGUCUUCAAAAUAAGAUCAGUAAAGACAAGCCUUUUAAAGCAGUCAGAGUAAUCUUGGGAAGCUACUAAGAAUGUAUCAACCAGACUUUCUGAUAGCAGGCCAGCAUAAAAACAAAUUGUGAAGGUUUUUAUGUAAAACAAAUCUUCACAUUCUUAAAGCUUUUGUGAGGUGGUAUAAAAAACGCAUUAAGGGUGCUUCAGAGUCUUAAAAAAUUAAGACUUGUAAAUAUUCUCUUGGCUAGUUAAACUCUCUGUUAUGGCCCUGAAUUUGGCCAAUGUCUGUACAUCAGGUUUCAAAGUGCGGUUUUACUUUAUUUAAAAGUCAAAUGUUGAAACAAUUUCCUACAUAAUUUUUAAAUGCCUAUGGUAUGCCUAAAGCUAUUUUACAUCUGCAAGUGCAUCAAUUUCACAGUAGUCUACUAAUCAUUACUUUUAAUUGCAAUCUGUUUAUAUAUAUGGUGAAACCAAGUUUAAUGCAGAUGCUUAUCUAUUUUAAAAAGACAAAGUUAAUAUAACAUAUCAAUGUGUAUGAGAUGAAAUUUUCUGGUACUUUCAAAGUAACUGAUUUAAUAUAAAAUGUAUUUAUAUUUUUAGGAAUUGUAGUACCUUUAACAUAUAUUCAGAUUCAGUCAGUGUGUUCAAAAGUAGAUCAGAAACUAAAGAGCAGUGGGUUAAGCCAGUUUUAUUUAUUUCCAUUUUCUAAUCACAGUUGGCCUGUUUUUGUAAAUCUGAUUAUCAGGUUAAAACCUGUAAAAUGUAAAAUAAUGUAAAUACAGUUAUCAGUCUAUGCAGUAAGUUUGUAAAUAUCCCGAUACAUCUUAACAUAAUUUGGUAGAUUCUACCUCUACUAUGAGCUUUUUUUGUGUCGACAUUGCCUAGGCACUGCUGUUUAAACGCAUUACUUUGAUGAAAGUUCAUACAACAGGAAGCUGUGUAUUAAAACAAAUAUAAAAAUAUUUAAAAUGUCCUGAAAGUAUUCAUUUGAUCAUGUCUGACUUUAGGCAUAUCAUAGACUGAAACCAGCAAGUUCCAGAUGUCCACCUGUAACCAUGGCUAAAGAGUUUUUAUUUUGUUUUUAAACCUAGACGUGCUUCUUUUUAAAAGCCACACUUUGUUAAUCAUAGACCCGCUUAGAGCCUUCUGCUAUGCUGCUCCCUUCAAAGAUAAACUGUCAACAUUCCACAGUAGGAACAGAGUGACGUCUGUAUUUCUCUAGUAGACACUAUGUAUAUACUUGUAUUAGUGCUGUUCCAGCAUCUUGAGCUUGAGUCCUUACUGCUGCUGCGAGUUGAAUAUAAGUGUGUGUGCAGGUAAUUGUGUGUGUGUGUGGGUGCGUGUUUGGGGGGUGGGGAAGAGAUUUCAUCUCCGAGGUUAAUGGGGUUGCAUGACAAAUCAUGGAAAUAUGCCACAUAACCAGAAAAGAGAGAAAAUGGUGCUUAGUAUAAUACAAAAAUAACAAAGUAGUUACGUCUCUUUGCAUUUAUUACCGCGGUAUCUUUAAAUAGUUUUCUGCCUUGACUGGUGUCUAUUAUUUUCGUUUAUCGUUGUAAUCACGAGCAGCUGGAGAAUUGUAAGCUGUUUAAAAAUCCCAGUCUGAGAAGGUUUCAAAACAUUUUGGAAUUGUCAAACAAUGUUUUCAAUCAGUUAUUGCAUAAAGAAAUGAUUCUCUAGAAAAUAUAUUAAUUACUGUUUUUUUUAAACCUAGAAAUGUCACUUAUGCUCAUGUUUGGAUAAAGCAACAUCGUGGUCUCUUACACAAAGUUCUUCAAAAGAUGACUAGUCCUGUAUAUUUUUUUUUAAGGGGAAACUUUCAUUGGUAAAUGGUGCCUCACAUUUCUUGGAUAUUUUUCCAUAUGGAGUGUUUGGGUAUGUUAGCGAAAGCUUUAGUUGAUAAAAGUAUGGGCAGCUUCAGUUUUUGCAUGUGUCCCAACAAAUAUUGCUUUUUCAAUCACUUUUGUAAGAAGGAAUACCUUGAUAUCAUACCAUUCAAGAAUGGAAGGAAUCUAAUGUUCAACUUCGUAUUAGGUCAUCUGGUUUGUGGGCGUUUUGGAAUCCUAACGUUUCGUAAAACAAAAAAGUCAUAACUGUUAUUGUUUUGCCUUUGUUAUGAGAUUUACAUUCAGAAACCAGUAAUAUAGAACAUCAUACAUUUAAGAUAUUGCUUCUUUCCAAAUUGUAGUAAAAUAGUUUGCAAAUCAGCAAUCUAGGCAACUGCUCUAGCACUAGAAUGUUUUUAAUUGAACACAAGAAGCAGAACGAAUGUAUUUUGAGAAGCCAGCUUUUUAUAAUACAUUAAUGUAGGUAACUGACAGACGCAUAUGAAAACUGCAGAAAUUCACUGGCUCCCAAAUGGCACAGAUAUUUUUACAAGUGUUUUGUCUCCAUUCAAAAUUUCUUUGUUGUGGGUUUUUUAUGUUUUGGUGGAUCAACACAAAAUAUUUGACAUGCAAAGACAUCUCUUGCACAUUUUGUGCUGAGUUUUCAUGCUGAAGAAAUGUAACAUUGUGCCCAUAUAAUCUUGUGACCAUUUGCAGUUUUCUUAUUCAUAAGUCUCCAACGUGGAUAUUACAUUUAUCCCAUGGAUAAAAAUGCCAAAUAUGUCAUUUCUCAGCUUCCCAUAAAGUGUGUAUGAAAGUUCAGUAGACACCUAUAAAAUACUCAUUUUGUACCUCAUGAAAUGUACAAAUGUACCACAGCAGGACAGCACCAGCCAUUAAUUAACUUUUGAAGAGUGAAUUUGGUAACCCAGUUUUCAGUGUGCACUGUAACAGUUGAAACCGUGGAAUACACUAUCUACCAUUUGAAAGCAUUAUAUCAUUGUUCAAACUAUACAAAAACAAUUUCUAGGAAUAUCAGUGUAGACUGAGCACAGCCAGUUUCAAUCAUAUAGUAAUCUAUUUUUAUUUUUUUAAGGAUGAACUCAAAAUUCUGGUAAUGGGACUGUAUCCAUUUAGAUUUCGAGGUGCACACUGAAUAGAGAGUCUGAAUCGGAAAAUGGUUCUUAAUUUUGUAAUGGGUCUGAAUGAGAAACCUAAUAUUGUUCUAAGGAUUUAUCCAGUUGCUUAAUAUUAUUUUGAAUAAUUUGUGUGUAUAUUAUACUGUACUCAUGGUAAGGUAGAAUUUACAGCAAUGAAGUUUUUAGCUUUUUUUGUAGUAAACACUGCCUCGUUUCAACCAGACUGGUGUUCUUGCAAUUUUAAAACACUUUUAUCUACGUUUUUCUUUGUUUUGUAAUUGCAAUAUUGUACAAAUUACCCAUGGCCGCAAGGUAUAUACUUGAUAAUUAUAGCUGUCAUUGCAGAAUGAGUUUUUAUUUUAAUAUGGAGACAUAUAAUUCGUGUGAAGAAACUCACAUGACAAGAUAAUGUACUGUUAGUAAUCUAUGGAAAUGUGAGAUUCUGAGCAGUUUAUGCCUUUGUUGAGUAUAAACCUGUCAUUUAGUAGGGUUCUUCACCAAUGUACUGUGAGUUAGACUUUUUUCCUACAAUAUACAAAUAUACAAAGUACAAUAUACUUCCUCUUAAAUAAUUUGACAGCCUCAUAGUUAACUCUUUGUGGAAUACAUUGGCUUGAUAAUUUCUUUGGCAGACUUUGACACAACUAGCUGGUGUGCUUUAGACCAUUCAGUACUAACCACUGAGGGUUAUUUUUCUAAGAUGAAGUGACUUCACUGCUGCCACUGAAUCACAGCCAGAAAUGUUGUCAUAAAUUUGUGAAUGACAGAAAACUAUUAUAGGGCUCCUCGUAUUUAACAGCUGAUGCCAUAUUCAUUUAAGAUGCUUAUUAAAAGCAAUUUAUGACUAGAAAGAACAUUGUUUUGUACUUUUUUUUUUUGCAUGAGGCAUUAAUGAUUUUGGGAUGACCUGGCUUUUUUAAUACCAACUGGAUCUACCUCAGAAUGAAGGUCAGGUGCUACAGUUGUUAUCCCUGACAUAGAAAAUAAACCACAAUUGUGACCAAACAGCCAAUACUGUGUAUAUUUGUUAAAAUAGUAAUUGUGGACUAGCGUGAUGGGUGUUUUCUUGAAUAUGUCAUAGGAGUUCAGGGGACCAUUUUUGUAAUUGGAAAUAAUAGUACAAAGGGGAGUCUUUGCAUCUGAGUAUUGUUUUAAAACUUUUCUCCCUUUUUAAAAUGUAGUAUAGACUUAGUAGACAAGUGUUUCAGUUUUGAUAACAUUUUAUUUUACUUAACCUACUGCUACUAAAUGAAGCACAUUAUAUAGGACAACAUUUGGGGAUACAUAAAAGGUUGUGCUCUUAAUUGCAAUGGAAUUUGGAGAUGAAAGUCACUUAAAAAAACUAUUGCACAAUAAUUGGUCUAUUCCCUGGAACUAACCUUUCUCAAGUGAAUCUGUUGGGCAGUAUUGAGCAAUAAUUUCACUGUAAAUGAGGUUUUAGAGCACUGAUUUGAGCUAGGCAUGUCCCUACUUUUUGUACUUUUCACAAGUAAAGCAGGUUAGAUAUCUUGCAGUGCAGAAAGAAUAGGGUGUAAUUGCACAGGUUCAGUUUUCUAAAUUUUCUCCAAUUAAUUUUUUUUUCAUUUCAGAUACCAUACUUUUUUUGUUGCUUUAACUGGAUUGAUGUAUUGAAAUGAAGUGGGUUAGCCUUAACUCUAGUAUCCAUUGUCUAGGCAUAGCAAAAUGAAUUCUGUGCAAUAGGCUCAAUCACCAGCAUAUUAUUACACUUUCAAUGGAUCAUUUGGCCAGCAGGAAAAAGUGGUGUCACUGCACCUAAUAAGCUAUGUUUUAUUGAUCGAUGAAAAUUAUAAAGUAAAGCCUGACUCAUUUGUCAGAAUAAGUGAUGGCUGCAAUUUUCAUAAGGGUUUUUACUACAUUUUAUAAAGGGAAGUCUUUUUAUUUUAGAAAAGGUUUUUUUUAUAAUACACAUACUGACUGCAUAUUAUUGCAUAUAGAAAGUAAUUUUAGACUUUAUUCAAAUUAAAAGGUACAAAGCUUGUGUGUGUGUAUAUAUAUAUAGUGGAAAUUUUCAUUUUUGGUGCAGUUUGCAAAUUAAUUCAGCAAAGCUAUUGUAUUUGUUCCCUAUGUCUCCCUGGCUGGAAACAUCCCUUGUUUUAUUUGUGCCUUUUUGUACAAGCAGUUUCCCUACUUUGGUUAGCUGUAAUAAGUGUUAUCCUUUUGUUUCACAGCACCACAUAACAAAGUUCUAAAUACAUAUACAAUGAGAAAUGACCGUGCAUUCUUGAAUAUGCUGCAAAGAAUGAUCAGUAUUUGUGUUUUGCACUUUCUAAGCAGUGACAUGAUUGCCUGUCAAAUAAAGCCGGGCAAAUAAAAAUUAAAAGACGAGGUAUUUUGUGCUAACAAGAGGAUCUAUAAAAAAUUCAAUAACUUUGGAAUAAAUAUGAAGUACCUCAUAAGCCUGAUAUAUGCUGCAUUGAUUUUUUUUUUUACCAUUUUAUUUGCUGCUUAGUUGAGUUGACUUCUAUACUUCAUAACCGAGAUCACUUUGAAAUUAUUUUGCCCCCAUUUCUUGUUGGUCUUGCUGUUCACAGGGUACUGUGCAUAUUGCCUUCUAGAAGUGAUUAACAUUUAAUGACAUAAAUUUAACUCUUUAAUGGAAUGUAUUCUUUGUAAUACACCUUGGUAAAACGCCACAAGCACUUUUGAACCUUUUUUUCUUUCAGUCCCAUGACAAUCAGCAGGCAAAACGUACUAGACACUAUUGUUUGUGCACCAGAAGGUAUUGAUGUUUUUGCAGAUUUUGGUUUUGAUGGGAUCAUUAUCCUGCUAGCUUUUAUUAGAAUUUAAUGCAGUUUGCAGCUUAAAGUUAAUUCAUUUUCAGUGGUCGUAAUGGUUUGAAUGGAUAGAGCCGCAAACCUAAAGAGUGGUGUUAAUGGAAGUACUUUUCAUCAGGCAGUUACUCAAAAUAAGCCAGAGUUCCUGAAAGUAAGACUAAAUGUAAUUGCCAAAUGUAGCUUGCCUGAUCCAUUCCUAGCAGCUUGGUGAUCAAAGUACAAAUCCAUCAUGCCAUUUCAUGCUCGGCACCUGUAUAGGCACGCCAUGCCAUAUAUUGGUAGCAAGACAGCAGUCUGGAGUCCUGAAUCAGAGGGUUGUUACUGAAAGAGUACCUGGCUGGGAUACCACUGUUGCACCCUUGAGCAAGGGACUGCAUUCAUGUUGCUCCAGUAAAUACCCUUCUCUGUAAAUGGGUCUCUAGGUUGUCGUUAUGAAUAUUCUUUCUCGAUUUACUGAUCCAUUAAAUUAAGAUGGUCUGUUUUGACUUUGUAACAUCCUUAUACGUCCAUCAUCUUCAUUACCUCCAAAUCAAAUAGCUAGGACAGUUAUCUUCUUUGGGUAAGUAAAAUAUUUAGGCACUCCCGACAAAAUAAUGGGUUCAACUUCAGUACUGGGUGCGCAAACUAUUUUGUGAGCAUACGUUUUUGACUUGCAUCUCUUCCUUUUCCAACAAGUGCAACUGUCAACUCAGGUAUCGGCAUUGAAGGGCUCUGUGCUCCAGCUGAACCACUGCUUGCACUUCACUUUUGUCUUAAAUAGCCCUAUAAUUCGUGAUGGGUUAUAGUUAGAAAGAUUGGCCUUAAAAUACAUAGUUGCACACUGUAAAUUAUGCUCAAAUUUUAAAAUAUAGUAUGUUCUGCUGUUGGCUCCUAACCCAUAGAUGUCACAUCUACCUCCUCCAUAUUCUGUCAUUUAGAGUUUGCAAACUACUGUGUUUACCAUACCAUGGAAGAGCUAAGUAACCAAAGUUACUGUUCAGGAAUACUGCACAGUGUCUUUUGAACACAAGGCCUUGAGUCAUGAGUUUUUUUUUUAACAUAUGCCAAAAUUGCUGACAUUUCCAUUGAGGUGAGGUCUUUUGUUGCUGUUUUAAUUCAUUCAGUUUCACUGCUAAGCUCCUUGUUAUUGUAAGUAUGUUGUGAGCAUAAUUUACAUUUUCCUUUUGUCAACACUUAUUAAAACUCCAAUAUGCUGUAAACCCUGUUAGAACAUAAUGUGAAAAUGUAUCAUUUAAUGAAGUUGAUAUUAAUGUAGUUCACUUAUAAGUUUUUUUUUGCUUGACUGUAUUACAUUCUUAAUAAAAUUUAAACUUUUAA